AUUCUGAACACAACGGUUCGCCUCCGCUCCAAAACGGCAAAAGGCACUCGAAAAGCGCCAGUGCAAAGUUAACUAAAGUGCAAACACCUAAGAAUACUGAGAUUAAACCCAGUGAUAAGCUACAGAGCAAAACAACAAACAAACAAACAAAGACUCUAAAAGACUCUUCUUCGCAAAGAGAGUGUAGUUGAAAGUGCAAUGGACAUGGAUACCUUGCUACCUUCACCGCCCGCAACACCCCCUCUGAGGGAUAACAAGUUGGAAAACGUCGCCAAGGACGAGCAACAGGUAAACGAGAACCUGCUCAAGGCCAAACUCAAACUGGUGGCCCAAAAGAACCAGAAGAAUGGAGGGAUUAUCACACCCAAUCCCUCGGACACGGAAGACGAGGCUCCGGAAAUGGCGGUUCCCAACAAGAAACCCCGCCUGGAACAACCAGCAAUGACCAUGACACCGCCACCGGAUCAGAAGCUGGAUGAUGAGCACAAGGCCGAGAGGGUUAGCGUCAUAAUGCGUGUCAACAGUUCUGGCGCUGUCUCUUCCAGCAACCAAGACGAGAACUCAUCCAGCUCCAGCUCCUGCAGUUCUGCAUUCAACACAACCACAAGUACAAAUUCAGCCCCACCCACCGUGGAGGACGACUAUCCAGAGGCCAAUGUGUGGCGCAAUCUCAAGUUCAAGAUGAACAGGAAGCGGGCUGCGGAAGUGGCUCUACCACCAUUACAAAAACUUGAGACACCAGCUUCAGAGCUUCCACCUCCAUCUGCUCCAGCGGAAGAGGCGGAAGUCAAACCUAAUCUUACUCCCAUCUAUGUGACUCCAGGAGCUUCGUCUGCCAGCCAGCUUAUUCUGCUUAGCACAGUGGCCGCCCAACAGAGCCCAACACCUAUACCCGCAAUGCCCACGAUAUCUGAGGAGAAGCACACAACCAGAAUUACAGCAGCUCAGGCGGCAGCCACCAGAAGCCGCAUUUACGAAUGCAGUUUCCCUGAAUGCGGCAAGAAUUACUUCAAGAGCAGUCACCUAAAAGCCCACCAAAGAGUUCACACUGGAGAACGACCUUUUAUCUGCAAGUGGGAGAACUGUGACAAGAGAUUCUCCCGGUCCGACGAGCUGUCUCGACACAAACGGACCCACACUGGAGAAAAAAAGUUUCAAUGCAGCGUCUGUCAGAAGAAAUUUAUGAGGAGCGAUCAUCUGUCCAAGCACGUCAAACGCCACAACAAGGACAAGGCGAACGGUGUAAACCGUCAUGUCUCCCUGGCCAACAGCUCAACAACCUCCACAGUACCUGCUUCCCUCUGCGAUACCUCGCUCCACUUGCGUGCGAUAGCACCAGCGGCUUCUAGCGUCAGCACCUCGCCCAUCACCUCCGCCAGCUUGCAAAUCUACAGUGCCCAGGACCUGCUGAGACUGCAGCAGCAGGCCAGCAGUUUUACCUUCGGCGGAACCUUGCUCCAAGUUCAGCGAUGAAAUAAGCUAAAUGGACCACACCACCAGAACUAAUCUCAACCCGACAGUAUCGCCAGCUAGACAAAGAAAAACUACCACCGAAUCAGGGAGAGGACACGUUUGAAGCUCGAAUUAUCCUACAUUGAGAAUGGUUCCGUCAAAUCCAAAAAUUCAAAAUUAUAUUUUGAGUUUUACCCUCGUGUAGCUGGUGUAGACUUAAGCUUAGUUAAGAGCUAGAUCUUGUCAACAUUUUGUGCAUAUAUCACCUUUCAAAUUCAAUAUGCUUUGCAUCUGUUAAACACAAAUCGGAUAGAUGCGACUUCCUUUUCAGGAGCACAGAGCACUUUUUGGCUUAGCGAUCUUCUUCAGAUUCAGAUUUCGAUUCUGAAUAUCCCUAUGCUUGUACAUAUUAUAAAGAGGCGCAUUCGGCGUCCAACAUCUGUGAUAUUUAAGUUUUCUUAAUUCUUUUCUAUUGUACCAUAGUUAUCACUCUAAUUCUCUAAAGCUUACACACAAACAAUUGUAUUUAUUGCUAUAUGUGGAAAAAAGAGAAAGAAUAACAAAACAAAAUGAAAUAAUGGAUCCUCACACGACUCCAAUCUCAACAAACGAAAAUAUACAUAUUUUCAAAAUAA